UGAGAAUCUGCAGGGACAUAAUGGAUGGAUGGAUAUUCAAGUUAACUUUUGUGUGUGUUUUGGUCAAGGAUGGGGUGUGGCAAGGAUUCUGGGGCUGUAGCCCUGUCGGUGUUCUUCCUAAGUUUGCUCCUGCAUUCUUCAGGUCCUCCUACAUGUCUUUGGCAGCCAUGCAAGGGGUUUUCUCAGCUGCUGUUUUCAAACAUCCUUGAAGGAAUUUGCUUUUUCUUCCACGCCCAGGAAGGUUUGCUGCUGCAACACAAUGCUGCAAACUGUGGCUCUGAGAACUUUUUGGAGCUGUUGGUGUUUAGGAAUAAUGGAAUAAUUUCCUCUCUUAACUUUGAAUAAUUUUGAAAAUAGGCCUUUUCAACAACAUUUAUCUUUAGUACCAUUAGUAAGCUUAACAUUGGGCUCUCAAUAACAUUCAAAGGUGCAUCACUAAACUUUCUUUUAUCAAGGCUGUAAGUGAUUAUGUUUUUGUCAGGUUUUAUUCACAUUGUUUAGGGCCACAGGAACGCCUGGUUACGCUUGGUAUGUGCUGUAAAACGAGGGUGUGGCUGGCAGACUGCAGCAGAUGACACAUGCACACGCAGCCUUCUCAACUUAUUCUCAGCCUCCUCCAUCUUAAACCUUAACAAGUCUCUGAGGAGGAGCACGAUGGGGUGAGGCAGGAGGUGAGAGAGGAGUGAGCUCUGAGCACAAGUUGUCACCUCUCUGCUACACUGUCAGCUGCACCCUUCACAGCAGUUCCAUGUCAUUCAGGGAUCACGUUAAUACAAACCCACAGCUGAAGGACACACACACACACACGUCCUCCUACAUUAUGGUGCCUGCAACCAACACAGGGAAAACCUGUCUCAAGGUCACUCACACAGAGUGAGGUGGGAGCAGCUGCAUCAACAGUCAUAUUUCAAAACUUUGAAAUCUCACUCCUUUGGUUUACUGCAUCUCUGACAAGUCAACCGAGUGACCUACAGUUUAACGCUAAUGAACUGAUUAAGAAAGACAAACUGAUGUAAGGACGAGGAGGCCUACUGUGAUCGUCUGACGCCCCCUAGCGGCGGACAGGCGACAUAUUAUCCCAAAACCCUGACAUUCCCUUCGACAAACCAGUAACUAAUCCCGUCUAUUUAUAUGACGGUUAUGAAAGGAUCCUACUGUAUGACGCAAAACAGCCUCGUCGGGACGUUCAGCCAACGAUUCAUCCCAAACCGCGCUCACAAAAACCUCGUCUGCACUUAAUCUUCGAUUCAUAAAUCAUCUGGAAUCUAUGGAAAACGUGAAGGACAGUGAUUCUCACACGCUUUAAAUUCGGUGGAGAGGGCAGAGGCUGCACAAAGGGGAUCAUUGUUGCUUGCAGUUGCCCGUCAGUGGUGCAGUCGCCCUUUGAAGGCUCUCCAAUCGCAGCGCAUAGCGCUACCGAGGGAGGGCGGGGUUUGCACCCUCCCCAUCCCCGCUCCAAGCCUAGCUUUGGCACCGUGUUCCAUUGACUAGACAACGACAACACGAGCAUCGUGUUGUGCUGCGCUUGUUAACGCAACAACCUCCGAGUGGACCGGUGAUGAUGGGAGCCCGGGUAUUCUGGGCUUGAGAGACUCAGUGAUGCACACCUGCAGGAGGUCACUGUUUGGGCAGGUAUGAGAUCUGUGGCGGUCAUGGAUAAAGGACCUACAGAUGUUUAGUGGAUCCCAGUGUGGAUGUAGCUCUAUAUUUCACCUCCAUACAACCAUCAGGCCUGGCCCAGUUCACUUCCAGAUGGAUGGACCCCGCUGUAGGAUCUGUACUCAUGGAAUAUAAAGCCCGAGCCGGGAAGCAUGCCUGCCUAUCGGAGUCCACUCCUCCCCGGGAGCCUUUCCACAGCCCUCUCCUCCUGACACAGCCGCUCCACUCGGACAUCCCCUGGUCGCUUCGAGCCUCCUCGCCAUGAGAGCGACUGUGCGGUGAUCCGGUGUCUCUGCACGCCUGCACUGAGCGGAGACCAGUAUUUUUGGAUAAGACUUUUGUUGGGUAUACACGGGAUUUAUCUGCGCUCUGUGCUUCCUUUGUGCCAAAGGUCUUAAAGCAGACUGCGCGGGCGGCAGCAGAACGGGGGCUUUGCUUCACCCACCCGCUGUUGCGCCAAGCUGCUCUUUGUGGCCGGGCCGUGAUGGCAGCCGGCCGGCCGGAGGCGCAGGACCACCCUCCCGAAAACGUCUUCACCUCACUGGAGAACCCAGCGCCCCGGCUGCUACCGCACAUCGACGGCUCGGUUCUGCCGUCUCUGGGGGGCUUCGGGAAACAUCAGAAGCAGCUCGUGGUCCUGACCUGGAUACCGGCAUUGUUCAUUGGCUUUAGCCAGUUUUCGGAUUAUUUUCUCUUGGCACAACCGAAUGGCACGUGCGUGCAACCCCUGUCGAACGAGGCUAACUGGACCGUGCCGUCCCCUCCGGUCACCGUCACCGGAGGAGCGCCCGCGCUGCAUCUCAAUGGCAACGACGCCGGGGAGGGAGCCGGCGACGGUACGCUGUGCGCCUGCAAGGAGUGGAAGCUGGAGCUGCACACGGGACUUAGUCAGAAUGUGGUUACCAAGUGGAACUUGGUCUGCGACUCUGCCUGGAAGGUGCACACUGCCAAGUUCUCUUUGCUGGUGGGCUCCAUAUUUGGCUACCUAGUGAUGGGUGUCAUGGCUGACUGGUUCGGUCGACACCCAGUGCUGAUUCUCUCAGUGCUUUUCAUGCUGGUGUUUGGUCUGAGCGUUGCCUUCUCUGUGAACGUCACCAUGUUCAGCACCUUGCGCUUCUUUGAGGGUUUCUGCUUGGCAGGCCUCGCUCUCUCCCUCUACGUGCUCAGGAUCGAGCUUUGUUUGCCAGGCUGGCGCUUCUCCAUGACCAUGGUGGCCAGUUUUCUGAUGGUGGGCGGGCAGCUACUGAUGCCAGGGGUGGCCGCUCUGUGCCGUAAUUGGCCGGACCGGGAUGACUGGCAGGUCCUGCAGAUUGUCAUAAUCAGUCCUUUCGUUCUGAUGCUGCCUUACGUCUGGAUUUUUCCCGAGUCACUGCGCUGGUUGCUGGCCACCCAGCACUACAGGAGGUCCAAAGCUAUGAUGUUGUACAUCAUCAAGAAGAACCAGGUCGAUACAACCGAGCCCAGUGGAGUCCUUACAGAGUUGGAGCACGAGCUGCACAAGAGACCCCAGAGGACCUGCAUCGUCAAGGUGAUGAGCACCAGGAACCUGUGGAAAAACAUUGUGGUGCUGUGUGUCAACUCUCUGACAGGUUAUGGCAUCCACCAUUGCUUCGCCCGCAGCAUGAUGGACCCAGAGGCCCAGCCCACCGCUUUGUGCCAUGCGGACUAUUACACUAUGGCUGGCAUCGCUGUGGCAACCUGCCUGGCACUUUGCCCUGCGGUGGGCCUGAUGGGACGUCGUGGAGGGCUACUCACCUUCAUGAUCAUAACAGCCCUGGCAUCACUCCUACAGCUGGGUUUACUCAACUUGAUUGGGAAGUACAGCCUUCGCCACGACACAGUUCUGCGAGACACUCUCAAUAGGAAAUUCUCGGUGGCCUUCUCCAUCAUUGGCAUGUUCUCUUCUCAUGCCGUGAGCAUCCUUAGCAUUUUCUUCUGUGCCGAAAUCACUCCUACUGUCAUCAGGGGUGGAGGGCUGGGCCUGGUUCUGGCCAGCGCUGGCUUCGGCAUGCUCACGGCACCCAUCAUGGAGCUCCACAACCAGAAGGGCUACUUUCUGCAUCACGUUAUCUUCGCCUGCUGCACCCUGCUGUGCAUCAUCUGCCUUCUACUGCUGCCCGAGCCACGGGGCCAGGCCCUGCCGGAGAGCCUGGCUGACGGAGAGACCUUCACCCGUCAGGCCCUGCUCCAUCCAGGAGAGCAGCAUCUCCUUCUUGCCAAGAGUGACAGGGACUACUCCAGUGUCCAUGACACGCUGAUACACCUCUCAGCCACUGGGGGCGCUACAGUGGUAGCAGCCACCGCUCUGGCAGCAGUACCUGCCUCGUACGCCCUCGCGACAGGUGGGGAGGCGAUAGGAAACCGUGCCAUAGCCAAUGGGGUGUGACCAUCAAGCAAUAGUUUACUACAGUGCUAAUAACUGCUCUAGCAUUAACCCGACUGAGUGGCCAGUGAAUUUGUGAAAAAAAA